AUGUCAGCCAAGAUCUACGUCCUCAUCAGCUGGCCCGAUGGCAGCCGGGUGAUCAACAUCGAGAACAUCAAGGAGCCCCGCAAGCCCUUCCAUCUCUACACAGUGGGCGAGCAGGUGCUGGCCCGCUGCCCCGGCUUCAGUGGGCUCUACUGGGGCAUGGUGGAAGGCAUAAGUGAGCAUAAAGAUAUUUUAGAGAAGAAGCUGCUGGAAGAUAGACAGCUCCUGGAGAAGUUAAAAGAAGAACCGGCUGUCCAUAGCAUGAUGCCACCCCAGCCAAAAAAAUCCAGGAAAACCUUCCCAAAAUGGACCCUGGGGAAUGGAUCCAGGAAAUACCAUGGUGACAGGACUUACCCUGCAAAACCGCUGCUGAGGGUGGCCGAGGCCAGCCUGCCCCAUGAUGCUGGCAACUCCUCCAUCAUCAAGGAGAGGAGUGCCCUGGGCAACGUGGCAGGAAGCCCCCGCUCCCUGGCAGGUUCCCCCCACCCAGCCAGCGCCUUCACACCUCCGUCCACGUUUGUCACCAUGGCCAUGGCAGGGACUUCCCAAGGUGAAGAGGACAGGGCUGGUCCAGCUACCAGAGAUUAUGUUGUCUUGCCAAUGAAGAGGAAGUCAGAUGGCAUCUUGUCCCAGUGCCAGCAACACAUCUGCCUGAACAGCUGUGAAGAGCGAAAGCUUGAUGCUUUGCAAGAGACGGAUGACUUUGAGAGAGUGCAGAAAAAUUUUGGUCCUGGUGAAAUGGAAAGGGCAGAGAAGAUAGAGCAGCUGGAGAGGAUGGUGUUGGACCUCCAACAGGAUGUCCUCUCUCUGAAGAAGAAGGUGCAGAGGCUGGAAUCCCUGUCCUUCCAGGAGGAGCCCCACCGGCAGCCAUGCGAGGUGGUGGAGCUCUUCAAUGGCUACACCAAGGAGCAGCUCAAAGAGACCAUCCGGUUUGACCAGAAAAUCAGCACUGCCUGCAAGACACUGCUCUACAAACUCUUCACGUCUGACUACAUCCAGAGCCACUCCAUCACGGGGCGGAGGGGCAACACUUUCCGAGAGGCGAAGCCCAUGAUGGAUGAACGCUGCAUCAAGAUCAUUAGGGUGCUGUUGAAGCAGAAGUUUGGAGAUCACCUCAGUGACACAGUGAUCACGGAGAAGAUACAAAACGUGCAGAAAGCCCUGAGGCAGAAGUUUAAGACAGAAUGUCUCUGAUGUGUGGGGGACUUGGUGUCUCUUCCUACCAUGCUCAUCGGUGUACCUGAGCAGCCCUCCCAGAAAAGAUGAGUCUGACCUACCGCUGUUCAGCUGAUGGCCCCCGAGGAGCCAACCCCAGGGAACACAAGGCAGACCUUCCGCUGCCAAACCUCUGCCUGCAUUCAGCGAGCGGGAAGCUUGCCCAGCUUGGCUGGGUUUUGCACAUCUGCUAGCACUUUAGAAGUUCCUUUCUGUCCAGUCUGUGCAAACCUCACUGCAGGGUGCAUCUAAUGAUCUCUGGGCCCUCUUUGAUGGACAUGCUCAAAAGCUUGAGGGUUCCUGUUGAGUCCAAGCAGGGGUCAGUAAGUCAGCUUUGUUCCACUGUGCAGUGGGUUAGGGAGAAAGGUUGGCUCUGGGGUAGGGAGUCCUGCUGCAGAUGUGCUUUGCCACCCAGCACGGUUUCACUCUGCAUGCCUGUGGUUGCCGCCUCCUGCCUGUGGGACAACAUUUGCUCUCUUUGCUCCCAGUGAAUGUGUUUUACAAUUUCCUUCUAUCACAGAAAGGCAGACUCAUUAAAAUGACACCAUAAAACAGCCAGAGAAAGAUAAUUUCAUUUUUUCCUCUAUUUUAAUGUAGCCGUAUGGAAGAAGCAUCUUCAUUAACAAAAAUCUGCUGAAAAGAGGGGAAGUGGUCACCCAUGGAAAUUAAUUGACACUAAUUUUCCUUUCAAAACCAGAUUAUUUCCAUGGAGAAAUACUGCAGGUUUUUAUAACAUAAGAGUGGGGGAUGGAGGGUGAAACAUGGCCUGCUGUAGCUACACCUUUCUUCAAAUAUCAGACAUAUUAUGAACACAGUCACUAUAAUUUAAAUACAGUAUUUAUAUCCUAGUUGAGAAAUUCCCGGUACAAACAGGGAUUUUGCUGUGUG